AUGAAUGACCCUCCUACCAGGAUGGGGGCCCCGGGUCUCCGUGGAGCUACGCGUCUCGCGCACUCCCCCCUCAGCCUGGGGCGAGCCCGGUCCUUUCCGCCGGAGGUGGGGCGUGGGCCCCCCCUGGCCUCCGGCGCCCCGAAUCCGGCGGCGGCGGUGGCGAUCGGAAGCCCGGGCGGCGCCCACGAGGGCUGCGGAGCGGAGGGGAAUCUGGACUCCGCGUCCCGGGUCAGAGAGAAAGUGCUCUUUCUUCUCCACCCCGAGAGAGGGCUGGGGACUCGCGCGGACCCGGCAUGGGAAGAGGUGGCCGGUGGGGAGGACCUUUCUCCGGCGGGCGCAGACGACCCGGGGCGCCCUUCUCCCCGCUUGCCAGGAGAAGAGCGGCCUUCUGGCCGCCGAGGGGACGCUCCCCGCAGGGCCCCGCCGCGGGGCGGCGCCCGCCCGCCCAGACCCGUGCUCGUGCGGGUGGUGGACUACCAGGCGACCGAGGAGGUCCAGCUGACCGAGUGGACUCGGGGCUGUGUGGCCACGCGGACCGAGGAGCGCUCCAUGAGCGUGCUCACGUUCCGCACCCACAAGCAGUGA